CACGAUCCUGUAACCCCUUGAGAGAGAGAAAAUUUUCUAGAGAGAGAGAAAGUUUUCUCGAGAAAAUCACGAGGAGAAAUCCCAACGAAGAGAUUCAGAGAACUGGAGAUGGGAUACACGAAGAAAGCGGAAGAAGGAAACUCCCGUUCUUCUCUUUCUUCGUCGUCUUUGAAUGAGGCUCUACUAUUUGCUACUAUGUGCAUCGUCGGCUUGCAGGUCCAUGUGCACGUGAAGGAUGGCUCCGUUUAUUCGGGAAUCUUCUACACCGCAUCCGUCGAGAACGGCUUCGGCGUUGUUUUGAAGAAUGCAAAACUGACUAAAAAGGGUACGAGCAAAUCAAAUGUAGCAAGUGGGAGUGUGGUGGAAACACUUGUUAUUCUCUCUUCCAAUAUUGUUCAAAUUAUUGCCGAGGGAGUCUCGCUUCCAUCAACUAUUGAAGGCAAUACUGUGGGUGAAAAUGUUGAAUUUGCCAUGGCAGCUGUUCCUUCUGAGCCCCUUACAUGUGAUGCGAAUAAACCUGCCAAGUCUGGCAAGGAUGGAAAGGGUAUUAAUCAUAGAAGUCGUUUCAGGAAUGACACGGAAGCUGAACAUGGGCGAAGAAAUGGGUUUGGUGCUCCAAAGAGUAAAUAUCAUCAGAGCUCUUUGAUCCAGCAAAGACAGGGAAUGCAUAAGUUGGAGCAUGAUGAACCAACUGUUGACUUUCAUAAGGAAGACAAUAUGGAUGUCCAAAGCUCGAGUUCUAGCUUUGAUAGCACCUCUGAACGAGUGAAACCAAUAGAAGAAGAUACUAUGACAUUGGAGCUCCAUACUACAGGACCUUGUCAUGAUGCUGCUUCUGAGAGGCCCCCAUCAACUGGCAAUUCAUCAGUUCAUAGUACAACUACUGAUGAAACCUCAGAAUUGUAUCAGAGUUCAGUACCAUCUUCAAAUGGGUCAGUACCUAUGCAGGCCACAGACCCCAUUAAAAAGCCUAAGGAGUUUAAGCUGAAUCCAGGGGCAAAGGAUUUCUCUCCGUCUUUUACAAAGGGCCUUUCACCGAUUCCUGCUAGGUCUGGGGCUUAUAUACCAAGCAAUGCUAUGUUCCCAGUUCCUGAACCUCUUCAGCCGGAAGUUGGGAUUAGCCCUUUCAUUCAUCAUGCAACUUUGCCUGCCAAGUCUGCGCCCUACAGUAAUUUGACUGCUGCAAAUGCUGGCAGUGGAUCUCUUAUUCCCCAACCCAUGCUUGGGCCCACAGGUAACAGGGCACAGCCCCUUAGAUUCACCUCCCAGUACCAUCCUGUUCAAGCUGCACCGAUGCUUGCCAAUCCUAAUCCUCAGGUGAUGGUCAACAGAUUAGGGCAGCUUGUGUAUGUGCAACCAGUUUCUCCGGACUUGGUUCAAGGUACAUUGGCUCUUGCACCUUUGCCUUCACGUCCUGUCUUGACCGCUCAACAGGUUCAGUACCCAAAACACCAAGGAGUAGUGGCAGGAGGGCAACCGUCGUUCCCGAUCUGCCUUCCCCAACCUUUCGUGGCCAACGGACCGCAACCCUUUUCAGGUGUGCCUCCUCAGUUCCAAGUUUUGCAGCCUCCUUUCACAGUUAACCAUCCCAUUACAGUCCCUACCCCUAAUGGUUUUCUCAACACAAAGUUCCCAUAGAGAAAGAACCUCUUUUUUCUUGAUCUUCAAACCUUAAAAUUCCUUUUCACUUGUCCCCUUAAUAAAAAGAUUACAGGGUUUUGGUCUCAUAGAUCUUGUUCUUGUGUUUGGUUUUCUUUUUCUUUUUUUCCCUCUUUUUUUUUUUGUAGUGGUUUUGUCUGGUUUGGGCAUUGGGUUUGGGGGUUUUUGUUGCAUGUUAGGACAUCAUUCACUAUUCUUUGAAUGCCAUAACAUAAAGUUGCCAAAAGAUUCCUUU